UAGGACAAGGAUUUCAUGAGAUAAAGAGCGCAAGUUAGUUUUUUCUCAUUAAUUUUUCUUUAAUUUUAAAAUCGAAUAUCCCCGUCAGAUGUGACACGUGUUCAGUGGCCGAAAUGCUGCAUCUCUAUUACAAAACUGCCUUACCGCGUCGUUCAUGUUAUCUUCGCCACCAAUAAUAACACACUCAUUCUUUCGCUAUUCCAUUCUUCAGAUCUAUCCAAUUCAACCUUCACGCUUGAUUCUUCAUUCUUAUUGUGAUGAUUAUAUUUUAUUUUUAUUUUUCUAAUAAAAAUUUAGGAUAGAAUUAUUAUAUAUUUAUACUUCAAUCAACUUCAACCUGCGACAUAAGUAUAUAGAAUCUCUGUUUGCGUCUUCUUCCAACCAUGAAUUUUUCAAGGAUUGGGCGCUCACUCUCGCGCUCUUCACGCGCCAAAGAUUAUUUUCGCGGUGAUGCGAAAUUGGGUACCCUUCUCGGAGCUACGCGAACGAAUGUGCAUUCAGAAGGAACGGAAUUGGGAUUAGGGUUUUUCAGGGGAUAUGUUGCUCAUUGUAGAGCUCGUGGAAACGGAAUCCUUUCCAGUUUGCCUGAUUUUAAGUGUGUUGCGGCGAACCGUAACAUUCAUUAUCGGUUGUUUUUCAGCGAAGGACCUAAGAAGAAUUUUGAGAAGUUCUAUCCCAAGGAGAAGGAGGAAAUUCCAAAGGGGGAGGAUAAAAAGCAUGAGUCUAAAGAAGAGUCAGAGACAAACACAGAUGAUCAUGGAAAUGUUUACACGAUUGAGAUGCCUCUAAUGGAAUUUAUCAUCUCUUGUUUGGUGAUGACGCUAUUUGUUAAAGUGUUUUUUCAUCGUGAAAAGCAACAGAUUAACUUUCAGGAGUUUAAAAAUGAGCUUUUGGAGCCAGGUUUAGUAGACCAUAUUGUUGUGUCAAAUAAGUCAGUUGCCAAAAUAUACGUGAGGAAUACUCCUCGUAACCAAACAGACGGUGAAGAUGUCGAAGGAACCCUCCCCGCAAAUGGAACUGGUGGGCAAUAUAAAUUUUAUUUCAAUAUUGGAAGUGUGAAAUCUUUUGAGAAGAAUUUAGAAGCAGCGCAAGAAGCACUAGGCCUUGACCCCCAUGAUUAUGUUCCUGUUACAUAUUCUUUUGAAGUGGAUUGGGAUCACGAAUUUAUGAGGUAUGCUCCAACAAUGAUUGCUUUGCUUGUGGGAUCCCUCUUGUAUAUGGUGACAAGGAGAUUGUAAGGUGGACUUGGUGUUAGUGGCGGCAGUGGUAAUAAGGGUGCUCGUUUUGUAGACAUAUAUAUACACCAUAAGAGAGAGAAAAAAAAUCUAAUUAAGAAUAUUCUCGUUUUGGGAAAUAAGACAAAGCAAGAAUAAUAUUAUUAACUACAUGUUAAUUAAAAAUUUAUUGUUGA